AUGUUGCGCCUCGCGGCCAAGGUGGUGGCCUUCUUCUGGAGGAGGGCGGACAGCCCCGACGAGGAGACCGGGCUGCGGAGGCUCGAGCCCGCGGAAGGUGACGCCAAGCUGAAAACCGUGCAGGGCGUGGUGACGAGGUACUGCAGCGACUACGGCAUGAUCGACGACCUCAUCUACUUCUCCAACGACGUGGUGACGAGCAAAGUGCUGCUGAGCGUGGGGCAGGAGGUCAUCGCGGUGGUGGAGGAAGAUAAAGUGUCCAACGGGCUGAAGGCCGUCAGGGUGGAAGCUGUUUCUGAUAAAUGGGAAGAGGACAGCAAAAACCAGGGCAGAGGACUGUCCGACUCCAGGCCCCGGGUGCUGAUUGGCUGUGUGACGUCGCUGAUGAAGGGCGCUGGCUACAUCAACCAGACCACAUACUUCUCUCUGAAGAGCGUUUGUGAAGGUUUCGAGCCGUGCAAGGGAGACUGGGUGGAGGCCACCUACUGGAUCCGGCCGGGCACGUGGAGCAGCGAGGCCCUGUCGGUGAAGCCGCUGCGGUACAAGCGUGUGGACAAGGUCUGCAUUUCCAGCCUCUGUGGCAGAAACGGGGUGAUCGACGACUGUGUCUUCUUCACCCUGGACUCCCUGAAGCUCCCCGAGGGCUACGUGCCUCGAAGGCACGACGUGGUCAGCACUGUGGUGGUGGAGAGCAGCCAGUCCUGCUACAUGUGGAGGGCCCUGUGCGUGACCCCCGUGAAGAGACGAGACCACGCCCCCGCUGAGGCCUCUGAGGAGACCUGCGAGGCCCUCCUGCUGCAGAACAAGGGCGGCCUGGAAGUCACCAGGGCCACCAGCUUCGGCACGCUGCGGGAAGGGGCCAGCAGGAGCCUGGUGGUCUGCAUCGAGAAUAAAGGAGACGUCCCGCAGAAGCUGGUCAGCUGCAAGCUGGCCGGCUGGGACAGAACCAGACAGUUCCGGUUCCACUUGCUGCGGGGGACCCAGCACAGCCCCCCAGCACCUGUUCCCGACCCUGAGACGCGGGAGAGCUGCCCAGACAAAACCUACCAGAUGGCGGAGGGCAGCGUGGCCCACAACAGAGCGGUCUCUCCAGAUGACUGUGCCUGCAAAGGAGAAGAGGGAGGCAGCGGACAGGGCGGCUGGAGGAGGCAGGUCCCGGAGCCUGAGCCCAGUGGGCUCAUCCCUCCCGGAGGAAGAGCCCUGAUUGUGGUCACCUGUGAGGCCAAGACUGCCGGCCGCUGCAAGGAGCUCCUCCUGCUCUGCUUCUCCAGCUGCCUCAUCGGGCGCGUCCUGGACGUGGGCGUGGUGAGCGCGGAGGAGGCCCUGGUCGCCGUGCGCGAGCCCUUCCUGUGGAAGAAGUCCAAGAGCUCCCCGGCGCCGGCGCCCGCGAAAACGACGGUUGUCGUGACCACGCAGAAAAGGAACUCAAGACGCCAGCUCCCCAGUUUCCUUCCCCAGUACCCCAUCCCCGACCGGCUGAAGAAGUGUGUGGAGCAGAAGAUUGACAUCCUGACUUUCCAGCCGCUGCUCGCCGAGCUUCUGAACAUGUCAAACUACAAGGAGAAGCUGUCCACUCUGCUCUGGCUCGAGGAGAUCCACGCGGAGAUAGAGCUGAAAGAGUAUAACAUGAGCGGGGUCGUCCUGAAGAGGAACGGGGACUUGCUGGUGCUGGAGGUCCCAGGGCUGGCUGAGAGCCGGCCUUCCCUGUACGCAGGUGACAAGCUGGUUCUGAAAACGCAGGAGUACAAUGGGCACGUCGUUGAGUACAUCGGCUACGUGGUGAAGAUUCACGAAGAAGAUGUGACCCUUAAGCUGAAUCCGGAAUUUGAACAAGCGUAUAACUUUGAGCCUAUGGACGUGGAAUUUACAUACAACAGGACCACGAGCAGACGGUGUCACUUUGCACUUGAGCACGUCAGCCACUUGGGAGUGAAAGUGUUGUUUCCAGAAGAAGUCAUCUUACAGUCUCCCCAAGUGACAGGCAGUUGGAACUGUGCAGGAGACGGCAAGAGCGACGGGCAGCCCACCCCCGAGAACAGGGAAGCUGAGAAGGACCAGCCUGAGCCUGCCACCAAGACGAGCCAGGCGGGUGCCCAGGACACACGGGGACCGGAGGCCUUGGCUACAGAGACGAGUCACCUGGGCGAUGAGCUGCAGACCCCGGGGGCCCGAGAGAAGGAGUUCUUCAACCCCCUGCUCAACGAGAACCAGCAGCUGGCCGUGCGCAGGAUCCUGAGUGGCGACUGCCGCCCCCUCCCGUACGUCCUCUUCGGGCCUCCUGGCACUGGGAAGACGGUGACCAUCAUCGAGGCUGUGUUACAGGUGUACCAUGCCCUGCCCGACAGCCGGAUUCUGGUCUGUGCGCCCUCCAACAGCGCCGCCGACCUCGUGUGCUUGCGGCUGCACGAGAGCUGCCUGCUGCGACCGGGCACCAUGGUGCGCGUGAACGCCACCUGCAGGUUCGAGGAGACGAUCGCCGAGGCCAUCAAGGCGUACUGCAAAGACGGGGAGGACAUCUGGAAGGCCUCGCGCUUCCGCAUCAUCAUCAGCACCUGCAGCAGCGCCGGCCUCUUCUACCAGAUCGGAGUGCGAGUCGGACACUUCACGCAUGUGUUUGUGGAUGAAGCCGGACAGGCCAGUGAGCCGGAGUGCCUCAUUCCUCUGGGGCUGGUCUCCGACAUCAGCGGCCAGAUCGUCCUUGCCGGGGACCCCAUGCAGCUCGGGCCCGUGAUCAAGUCCCGGCUCGCCAUGGCCUACGGGCUGAACGUGUCCAUGCUGGAGAGGCUGAUGGCCCGGCCCGUGUACCUGCGAGACGAGGACGCUUUCGGUGCUUGUGGCGCCUACAACCCCCUGCUGGUGAGUCAGGCCCCACGGGUGCUGGAUCCAGGGACCAGUCAAGUCCCUCAGCGAAAACUCCUGGAAGGCAGCGAAGCGCGGGAAGGGAGGAGCCCGUCCUGGUUCAACCCGGCCGAGGCCGUGCAGGUCAUGCGCUACAGCUGCCUCCUGGCCCGGAGCCUCUGCAGCCAGGUGUCCGCGCAGGACAUCGGCGUGAUCACGCCCUACCGCAAGCAGGUGGAGAAAAUAAAAAUUCUUUUGAGAAACGUGGAUCUGAUGGACAUAAAGGUCGGAUCAGUAGAGGAGUUCCAAGGGCAAGAGCAUUUGGUGAUCAUCAUCUCAACCGUGCGGUCGAACGAAGACCGGUUUGAAGAUGAUAGGUAUUUCCUGGGUUUCUUGUCCAACUCAAAACGGUUCAAUGUGGCCGUCACCAGGCCCAAAGCCUUGCUGAUUGUGCUGGGAAACCCCUACGUCCUGGUCAGGGACCCCUGCUUCGGCGCAUUGCUGGAAUACAGUAUCACCAAUGGCGCGUACACCGGGUGCGACCUGCCGCCCGAGCUGCGGCACCUGCAGGGGUGA